UGCAGAAAGGUGUGGAUGUUAUCUUAUUCGGGGAAUGAUAUACUCGCUAAUGACCUUACUUGUUAACGCUGCAGAUAAUUUUGAGUAAUUAAUCCCUGGAAUCGAUUCCUAUGGGUGUCUGACGAGUGAUCCUGUCGGUGUGAAAAAUAGCCAGUCUUUCUACUCUGAAGCCUGUAUUACACCACGCUGUCUUCAAGAUGCACUGGCGGCCAGCGUUUCUUGCAGUGUGGGUAGGCCUAGGCAUAUUGCAAUGUUCCACGCCAUUGCAAGAAGGUUUAGUCCUAAAAGGAAGACUGUGCUGUGAGGAAGGCCAAAUUCUCACUGACAAUGGCUGCGUGCCUGGUGUCAACACAACCACUUUCUCGCCGCCAGUCUCCGCAAAUCUGUCUCAAAUUACAAGCAACGUCUCUUGGUCUUUCGAGCCGUUAAUGUGUCCCAGAGGAUUCUACGUCAACCACCUUCUUCUGGAUGGAAGGGAUAAUACGCUAGGUAUAGAGGAGGGAGAAAUUUACCUGAAAUGGUUGGAGGUCUUGGCCUUCAAAAGCAGCUCUGACUACUGCGUGGGGCCCACUGAGGACGGCGGCUACGCGGCCCGGACUUGCCACCCUAAUGUCGAGAAGAUCUGCACGAGGGAAACGUGUGUCCAGAAGUGCUGCGGCGACGGAGAGGUUGUGGAGUUGGCAUCGAAGAGCUGCAUAAAACGGGAUGUGGGCGGAUUUUCUCCCGAAUUCCGUACGCUCCAUGGAAGUCCAAUCCCAAGACCCAUGAAUAUUUUGGUGAUCGAGAAGAUGCCCGUUUGCAACUUUUUGGUUCUCCUCAACCCCGGCACCGAUCCGACACAGGAGUUCUACCUGCUCCCGAAUGGGAAUUUGUAUGAACCGCGCUACGCCGUAGAAUUCGUGCCGGGCAGAUAUUGUCUGGAACACUUUGUAGACUUUUCAGCCGACGUCGCCUUCGUAUGUCGGGAACCUCUGAGUAAGGCCAUCAUAAUCAAGAACCAUCUGCAGGCGGCCGGGCUGGUGGUGUCAUGCGUGUUCCUGUCGGUGACCAUCGUGUGCCACCUCGCCAUCAAACAGCUGCGCGACAUCCAAGGCCUCUGCCUCCUGUGUCACAUGGUGUCACUGCUGAUCGCUAACACUGUCCUCUUCACGGGGUAUCAGUUCUCCAAAGUAAUUAGCAAGUCCCACUGCGUCUUUAAUGGCUUUCUCCUACAGUAUUCAUUUCUCGCGACGUUCUUCUGGCUCAAUGUCAUGUGCUUUGAUGUAUGGCGCGUCAUUAAAGCGACCGUGAAGCUGGUACCACUGCGGGGUAUCCUAGCCAAUGACGCCAAGAAGUUCAGGCUGUACUGCGCGUAUGCUUGGGGCGUCCCUCUGGUCGUGACGCUGGCGACCCUCUUGCUGCAUUUCCUGCCCGACGAGAAGGUUGCGGACGGAGUUCUUCGGCCGGGCUUUGGGCGGGAGUCGUGCUGGUUCAGUGGCGAUUACGAACAUCUGAGUUAUUUCUACGGGUUGGUCGGUCUGCUGUUUCUCCUGAACAUGAUUUUCCUCGGCCACACUCUCGCGAUGCUGUUCCAGGCCGGCGGCGCCUUCACCCGCUGCUGUUUUCGGAACACCAGUUCACUUACAGCCUUCAACCGGAAUCACCUCGAUGCGUUCUGGCAGCGGUUUAGCCUCUUCUGUUUGAUGGCGAUCUGUUGGGUCACGGAAAUUCUCUCUUGGAAAAUUUAUCCUCUGGAAAUUUGGAUCCCGACAGACAUUAUCAACUCCCUGCAAGGCUUCAUCGUGUUCGUGAUCUUCAUGAGGAGCCGCAAGAAGCGCGAGAUCGUGAGCCACACGUGGAAGGACACUGUGUCCACCGUGUCCCAGGCAGCGAGGAAGCUCUCCCGCACGGACGAAACCAGCGUCGUGUUGCACGUGAGCGACAACCAGGUGUGCAUCGCGAACCCCGACGGAUCGUCCUCGGGCAACAGCAAACUCACCGAGGAAAUGACUCCAGACUUAAGCGAACGGAAGGACCGAGGGGGCGGCGACAGGGAGGCCCCGCAGGCGGGGGAGAUGAACCCAAGCUUCCAGAACGCGGAUUAAAGCGGAUGUGAGGAUGUUGUCAGAAUUCAUCUUCUGAUGUGAGUGAAUGUGUUGUUGGAUACAGAAAUUAGGUUGUCCGGUAGGUGAAAAUUGUACAUAUAGUUGAAAUUAUAAGGUCUAGUAAUGUUUAUAUUCAUAUUCGCUACAAGUUGACUUAGAAUACGGCACAUAUCUUACAGAACGUCUUUGGUAUAUAUUAGCAAAGUAUUAUGUACAUAUAUGAAUAUUAUAAACACAUACAUAUAUAUACAUAUAUGCAUAUAUAACUUCAUAUAUAUAUACAUAUAUAUAACUUAAUAAAUCUAGUAUAUACAUGUAUAUAUAUAAACGACGAUGACGUGGAUGAUUUUAGUAACAGUAAUGGUGAUAAUACUAAUGAUAAUAAUGACGAUCAUAACUAUAAUAAUGAUACUAACCGUGAUGAUACUAAUACGAAUGAUUCAAAAGAUUACAAAGCAUAUGAUAAUUAUGAUUAUCAUCUUGAUACUGAAAUAUCAAAAAUAACUAUAAACAGUCACAGCACAAUUAGUGAUACUAUUAACAAGUGUUUUCACAAAUGUGAUAUUGAACAUAUAUUUUGAUAUAUUAGAAUAUUAUAAAUUAUAUUGUUAUCAUGUAAAACUUGGAAAUAAGUACUUGCUUUCAACAAUACGUCCGCUAUCGUAUCUGAAUUUAUACUUUGGAUGCCUAUAAUACUGGUGUCUAGAGAGAGCAAGACUUUAACAAUUAUUUUAAAAUUUCACAUUCUCAUUUUUAUGCAGUUACCGUAUGUUGUAAAUUAAGUAGGUUAGAUUCUUA